AUGCCUUCAGCAGCACUCUGUUUCCGCGCGGCGCGAGCCUACACGAGGAAUACCUCAAAGCAAUCGAUUUUAAUAGCGCGCACUUUUGCUUCCACAGCUCGUCGCCAUGAGAUCAACAAAAUCCUCCCCUCGGCCGCGGAGGCCAUUAAAGACAUGAAGCCGAAUUCCACACUGCUCUGCGGAGGGUUUGGUCUAUGCGGUGUUCCAGAUACGCUCAUCGAUGAAGUCUUAAAACAUAAGCAUCUCACUGGCUUAACAGCGGUGUCAAACAAUGCGGGCACAGACGAAUCAGGCUUGGGCAAACUACUGAAGACGAAGCAGAUCAAGAAGAUGAUUGCAAGUUAUAUUGGAGAGAACAAGACAUUUGAGACAAUGUACUUGACAGGAGAGGUAGAGUUGGAAUUGACUCCACAAGGAACAUUGGCAGAACGUUGCGCAGCCGGAGGAAAGGGAAUACCCGCGUUCUAUACGCCAGCGGCAUUUGGCACAGUCGUACAGACCGGCGAGCUCCCAUUACGGAACAACGCGGAUGGAUCACCAAAGGAAUAUUCAUACCCCAAGGACGUAAAAGUCUUUGAUGGCAAGCCAUAUCUUUUGGAAGAAUCCAUCAAGGGCGAUGUUGCGUUUGUGAAAGCCUGGAGAGCUGACCGACUCGGAAACUGCCAGUUCCGUCUCGCGGCUAACAACUUCAAUGGUGCCAUGGGCCGAAAUGCUAAGCUGACCAUUGUUGAGGCUGAAGAGAUCGUCGAACCUGGUGAAAUCCCCCCUGAGGCUGUGCAUCUCCCUGGUAUCUACGUUAAGCGAGUUAUCCAGUCCACUGCUGAGAAGAACAUCGAGAAAUACACCUUCGCGAAGGACGAGAGUGAUCCAGAUGCGAAGGCGGCACUUGGAACUGGCGCUACCGCGGCGAAGAGAGAGCGUAUUGUCAGACGAGCAGCCAAAGAGUUCAAGAACGGCAUGUACGCCAACUUGGGUAUUGGAAUGCCUAUGCUGGCUCCCUCAUUCGUUGGCCCAGAAAUCGAGGUCCAAUUGCAAUCCGAGAACGGUAUUCUUGGACUUGGACCCUACCCAGUCAAGGGACAAGAAGAUGCCGAUCUCAUCAAUGCUGGAAAGGAGACAGUCACUCUGAAGCCCGGAGCCGCUGUCUUCGGCAGUGAGGAGAGUUUCGGCAUGAUUAGAAGUGGCCGUGUUAACCUGACGAUCCUUGGAGCUAUGCAAGUGAGCGCUAAUGGGGACCUUGCCAACUGGAUGUUGCCAGGAAAGGUAAAGGGCUUCGGAGGUGCUAUGGAUCUUGUCAGCAACCCCUCAAAGACCAAGGUUGUGGUCACUAUGGAGCACACAGACAAGAAGGGCAAUGCCAAGAUUGUCAAGCAGUGUGCCUUCCCAUUGACGGGUAAGGCUUGUGUAUCAAUGAUUAUUACCGAAUUGGGUGUGUUCGAGGUGGACUUCGCCAAUGGACUGACAUUAACUGAGAUUGCUGAUGGUGUGACCGUCGAUGAGAUCAAGAGCAAAACCGAGGCACCAUUCAAGGUUGCUGAUGACCUGAAGCCUAUGCUGUAG